AUGGAGAAGAAGAAGAUCAAACUGGGUUUCUCUAGAUCAUUUUUUCUGAUUUUACUUGUUUUGAUUAGCAUCUUCUUCAAUCUAAUCUCCUGCCAUGAUCAUCAUUUAUCUUCAUCAUCAACCAUUAAAGUUCUUUUGAAGAUUAAACAAUCAUUUACAAAGAAUAAGAGUCAUGUAUUGAAUGACUGGUCGGCUAAAAACCCAGAUUUCUGUAAAUGGAAAGGAAUUUCUUGCCGGAAAAAUUCACAAAUAGUCAUCGGCAUCAACUUGUUUAACUCUUCUCUCGCCGGAAAAAUCUCGCCGGCGAUCGGACUGUUAACCAAUUUGCUCAUCAUAGAUCUUUCCCAAAACCAUAUUUCCGGCUCAAUCCCAACCAUUCUCUCUAAAUUAUCCUUAUUAGAAACCCUGUUUCUAAAUUCAAACAAACUUUCUGGAUCCAUUCCAUCUGAACUGGGUUCACUUAAGAAUUUAAAAAAUCUCAGACUUGGUGACAAUGAUUUGAAAGGGAGUAUUCCGGCGACGUUUGGGAAUCUCACCAGUCUUGUUAAUCUGGGUUUGGUUUCUUGCAAUCUCAGCGGCGAAAUUCCGGCGGAGCUUGGGAAACUUAGUCGACUUGAGACUUUGAAUUUGCAGGAAAAUGAACUUCAUGGUCAGAUUCCUAAAGAGAUUGGGAAUUGCUUAGGUCUUGUUACAUUGAGAUUACAAUUCAAUAAUCUUGAUGGAAAUGUACCGGAUGAACUGGGUAAGCUCAAGAAUCUUCAAAGUCUUAAUCUUGCUAACAAUUCUCUCGCCGGAGUUGUCCCGGAGAAGUUGGGUGAUUUGAAUCAGCUUAGUUAUUUGAAUCUUGUUGGAAAUCGACUCACGGGGUUUAUACCUAAGUCAUUGGGUCAAUUGGGUAAUCUUCAAACUCUUGAUUUAUCAUCAAAUAAUCUCGCCGGAGAGAUACCGGAGGAAUUGGGGAAGUUGGGUCAAUUGGGUUAUCUUGUUUUAUCAAACAAUAAUCUUGUUGGUGAAAUACCGAGAAGAAUAUGUUCAAAUUUAACGAAACUGAAGGCUUUGUUUCUGACUUAUAAUCAACUUUCCGGUGGGAUUCCGGCGGGAAUAAGAAAUUGUCGAUCACUUACACAGAUUGAUUUAUCUAAUAAUGAACUCAAUGGGUCUAUUCCAUUGGAAUUGUAUGAGUUGACUGAGUUAACCCUACUCGGUCUUUACAACAAUUCGUUAAUGGGUUCGAUUUCUCCGAUGAUCGGAAAACUCAUCAAUUUGCAGAUACUAGCAUUGCAUAAGAAUAAAUUGACUGGAAAUCUUCCAAAAGAGAUUGGAAUGCUCAGAAAUCUUAUGAUAUUUUAUAUCUAUGAAAACCAAUUCGCCGGAAAGAUACCUGAGGAGAUCGGAAACUGCUCAAACCUUCAAUCGGUUGAUUUCUACCGGAAUUCCUUCACCGGAAAAAUACCCAAUACGUUUGGGAAGUUGAAGCAAUUGAAUCUUCUUCACCUGAGGGAUAACAAACUCUCCGGCGAAAUCCCAUCUGGGUUAGGUCACUGCAGUCAACUGAAAAUCCUAGACUUGGCAGACAAUAAAUUCUCCGGCGGAAUUCCGGCGACGUUUGGUAAUCUAUCCUCUCUUGAACAGCUUAUACUUUACAAGAACAAUCUCCAAGGUAAUCUCCCUGAUGAACUAUCCAAUCUCCGAAACUUAACCAUAAUCACUCUUUCGUUUAAUAGAUUGACCGGAACCCUAGCUCCGUUGUGUAAUUCACAGUCAUUGAUGUAUCUAAAUGUUAUAAACAAUGAUUUUUCCGGCGAGAUUCCUUCUAAAUUGGGUUUGUUGCCUUCUUUGAAAACUCUCAAAUUGGGGAAGAACAAAUUCACAGGAAGAAUCCCACCGGGGUUGGGACAAAAUAAAGAACUAUUUCUAUUAGAUCUCUCCGGCAAUUCCCUCACCGGAGAAAUCCCGAAAUCCUUUUCCUCAUUGAGCAAACUAACAUAUCUUGAUUUCAAUACCAAUCAUCUCUCCGGCCAGAUUCCUUCAUGGUUUGGUAAUUUGACUGAGCUUGAAAAGAUGAACUUUUCAUACAACAAGUUUUCUGGGUCUCUCCCGCCGGAGCUAUUCAAUUGCUCAAAGCUUCUGAUUCUCUCUAUGGAGAACAAUUCACUCACCGGAAACCUCCCUGUUGAAAUCGGAAAACUUAAGUUACUCAAUACUCUCAAUCUGAAUAACAAUAAAUUUUCCGGGCGAAUUCCUCCUGCUAUAGGUAUGCUAACCGAUUUGAUUGAACUCCGGCUGUCGGGAAACAUGUUCGCCGGAGAUAUACCUACUGAAAUUGGAUAUCUUCAAAAUCUAUAUCUUUCUCUGGAUCUCAGUCAUAACAAUCUGAGUGGUGAAAUCCCGAAAUCUAUAGCAGGGCUUUCGAAAUUGGAAGAUCUUGAUCUUUCUUAUAACGAUUUGAGUGGGAAAAUUCCUGGAUUGAUUAGUGAAAUGAGAAGUUUGGUGAAUUUUAAUGCUUCUUAUAAUAAAUUGAAGGGGAAAUUAGCUGCCGGAUUCUUGCGUUUUCCGGCCAGUGCGUUUAAAGGAAACGCUGAUCUUUGUGGUCUUCCUUUGAAGAAAUGCCAUGGAAGGUUUGGAUAG